CAGGUUAGGGUUAAAAGUUACCUAUGCAGCCCUCUACAUUAUGACCAAUUUGUUCGCAUAUGCGAUCAUUUUUUAUUUAUUUGGCAACUAAAACAUUUCAUACCAUCUAUAUAAAAAUAUAAGUAGGCACCAUCUGGCUCCUAGGUGGAAAGGUUAAUGUAGAGACCUGCUAUGGUUUUCAGAUUGCGAAUUUAGCAGGAUUCCAUGCUUCCGUGAAUGCCAGGUUUUGGGUUAUAGGCGUAAGAUUAUGAGAUGGAAUCCCAAAAUGUCUGUGUUAAAGCAUGUUAACGAUUCUUGUAGAAUCCUAAAAAUAAAUAAAACAUUCUCAAACUCAAUGCCUGUAGUUUUCGUUCUACAAGGAGGAUGGAGAAGCUGUCCAGUUUUGAGGUGGCGCCAUUUCAAGGCCUGAUGAACAUGCUAAAGGCAAACUAUCUGGACAGACCUGAAAUCUUCAAAAUGGUUCUAGCGUUGCUCUGUGACUUUGACUGUACAGACCAGAAUUCAUUUGACAUGACAGUCCGUUACUUGCGCAUCUUACUGACAAAGAACUCUGGCUUGGCAGAAUGCUUGAUCACUUUUCUGCAGCCAAAUCCAAGCUCCAAGUGGACAAGUCAAGUUACUGACUCUGUACCGACAGCUGACAAAGAAACGAAACAAGAUCCUGCUCAACCAGUGAAGAAGUCACCGGUCGACCAGUUCGUCUACAACGUCCCACAAACCAAACUGAAACAGAGUCCGGGAUCAGCAUUUUUCCGUCCUACAAAGAUGUCCGUUUCGUCUAGUGGACCGAGCGCUGUGGCUACUUUGUACCCCACCCUGAGGUCCUCCCUAGUGAGAGGCUCGGCGACCAGAGCUGCAAUUCCCGCCCAGUUCUCACCCUUUCUCUAUCCGGCCUAUUUCCCCAUGAUGGGAGCCCCUAUCACCUGGAUGAGGAGGCCGCAUGGCUGCGUACAGGGAAGCCAUUUGGCUGGUACAGAGGAGGCUCUCGAUCUAACGCAGCACCACAGUAGUUCUGGGUCAGAUCAGAACGAUUCCAAAGAAAAAGAUCCAUCCAAGUCAAAAAUCUUGGAGGAAAAGGUUUCGGAUGAAAAGUCGUUUGAAAAAUCCUCACAGAAAGCUGCACUGGAAGACCAAGGAAGUGGAGAAAACUUUUUGACUGGGAUGACCAACAACGCGAGCAGUGGCUUCCAUCUGCCGUCACCGUCGGUGACGAGCCACGCAGAGUACGCCCGAGUCUUCUACCAGAAUGCAAGUCAGACCGUCGGCUCGAGUGGGAUUCCGUACAAGAUCAUGGACAGCUCCACUGAAGUGUUCCUCGGAACGGCCAGGAACCUGACGUCGUUCCCCUACCUCCAGCGCAUGAUCCUGCCCGACGGUCAGAUGAAGACGAUUGCGUUCGACAGUGACCCGUCACACCAGCCACAGCAGAUCAGUCCUUCCGAGUCGUCACUGCUCGACCAGGGUCAUCACUACCCACUGCUCAGGGAGAGGUCAGCUCCGGCACCGGUGGCCAAGAUCAAGCCGAAGCCAGUCUGUGAAUCGUCAACCUCCUCAUCAUCCACCGCCACCACCAUGCAGGCAGCAGUUCAAAGUGGUGCGGAGACGAAGUCAAACAAGUCGAAAAAACGUCCUCUUAGAACCGUUGUGCAGAUCGGUCUCAAGGAGAAAGUGAAAAAACUGUCAAAGACUACAGGCCAAGCUAAUAAAGAAUAGGAUUAAAUUGGUAAUAUACUGAACAACAAAAGAAAUGCAGAUAUUCUAACGUAAUACCAGGGAACAUUUAAAUUUCAAAAUCUUGAUUAGUGAUAUUUCAAUCAAUUGAAAAUUGAUUAGCAACUAAUGUUUAAUAAUUGUUUAGCGAAUCGCAAUGCGAUAAUGAACAAAAUGUUCCCUGAAUACUGUAAAUCGGGAAAUGUUGGCAAGGAACAUGUUGUUUUCAAAAUCUUGAUCAGCAGUAUUUCUAGUCUAAUUGAAUAUUGUUUAGCAACUACUCCUUGCUUUUUUUAAAUUGUGAGCGAUCUCUGAAACUUGUGUAGCAAAUCACGACGCGAUACUGAACAAAAUAUUUCCUGGUUAGUAAACAUAAACAUUUUUGUGAAUUUAGAGAGGCUAUACAAGUCGCUAAUAUUUCAUGACGUUGAAUUUUAAAAUGCAUAGCAACAGCUUGUUCCGAAAAACUUUUGUGCGAAUGUUUUGUCACUGUCAUUGAUUAACUGAACAGAAAACAAUGGUUACAUGUUAUUUCUUAAACCAAAAGGAUAGCAAACAACAAAAGUUAGUUACCAUGCACAUUACUGUCAUUUUCUACUAAAUUUAAGAUGUCUGUAAGUUGCAUAACGUCACAAUUAAUGAUGCUACAACCUAUGCUAAUUUAUAUGACUUUGCUAAAGUCACUAAUAUGUCACUUAUUUUGAUUUCGCUAAAAUAUAAGAUCGCUUCCAUUUUUAUGAUUUAAAGUAUACAUUUUUUUCAUGAUAAAAUUAAGUUGAUAAAUCAGAGAUGACAAUUUUCAGGAUUAAUCAAGAAUUCUGAAUUGUUAAAUAGUCUACAGGUACAGUUUUUCUGGAUUUCCAAAACUAACACUAUGGUUUUGGCUGAUACUUCUGAAUAGGGGUUGUCAUUUUAGACCAUUGUAUAACCCUUACUCUUAGGCCAAUCUCAGUACCCAGCCACCAGUUUUAAAAUUUGCUGAUUUUUUUUUCAUAAGCCAUUUUCAAUUGAUAAAGAGAUAAAAUAGACCUAAAAUGUUCAUAAGACAGUGAUAAUUUUAAUAGACACAAAAACUAACAGUAUUCAAAAUGAAUAAUUUAAAGUAAACUAAAGGAAAUUAAAUUAAUAUUCAUGUUUCUUUUUUGUUCAGUAUAUAAAUAUAUAUAUAUAGCCUAAAGAAUAUGAUGUAUAUAUAUAUACUACUAAUGUUAAUAAAUAGAUUGUAUACAGCUAACCUUGGACUACCAAAGAUGUUAAAUAAUUUGAUGUAUAUAUUGAUAAACUUAAAGACUAUCUAGCCAAUAAAGAACAUGUACGGAUUAAGACGUGUACAGCUAUUAAAUAAACAAUAGGAUUAUACAAUAUCAAACCUUGCUGUGAAAAUAAAUUGACGGAAGUGAUUAAUUACUACUCUAAUUUAUAUCAUGGGGAGCUACUUAAGAUAUUACCAUAGUUAUAGGUCUACCAUAUAACAGGAGCUAAAAAUUACUCUUCUUCACCACGUCUGGUGUGAUGGAGAGAGUGUGAUAGCUCCCAUUAAACAGCGAGAUUUGUAAUAAUACAGCUAAACUUAAACUUCCACAACUAUUAAAAAAUAGGAUACGUAAUAUACAAUUAAAUAUAGAUUACCAAAGCUGAUAGCAAUAGGAUAUACAUGUAUGCAACUACACUACCAGUUAAUAAAGCAUAGGAUAAUUAUAUAUACAUGUAUAUAUAUAGAUAUAUAUAUAUAUAUAUAUAUAUAUAUAUAUACAUGCAGUGAAACCUCUCAAAUCUGGACCCUCUGUAAACCGGAAUUCCCCCAAAACGAGAAAGAUUUCACGGUCCUUUUUUAAAAAUCAGUACAGAACUUAACCUCUUUGAACCAGAUACCUUUUAAAACCAGGUUUCACUGUUUAUACAUGUACUACCAAAGCUUAUAAGAAUAGACUGACCUCGAUGUUAUAUAGCUUAAGCCAUCGGCUGGUAGGUACUGGGUUCGCAUCCCAGUACCCACUCCCUGCCAGAGCGAGUUAACAACCCAAUGGGUACGACUAUCACCAAGGGCAGGACGUAGCCCAGUAGUAAAGCGCUAGCUUGAUGUGCAGUCAGUCUAGGAUCAAUCCCUGUUGGUAGGCCCAUUGGGCUAUUUCUCGAUUAGCAGCAAGGAAUCUUUUAUAUGCACCAUCCCACAGACAGGAUAACACAUACCACGUGGUGCACUGGCUGGAACGAGAAAUAGCCCAAUGGGCCCACCAACAGGGAUCGAUCGAUCGAGCUACAUCCCACCCCUAACAUAUACUGAAGACGGUACUGCAUAUUUGAUUCCUUGGCUGUUCCAUCAGUAGCUUUUAUCCAUAUAUAUAUAUAUAACCUAUGCAGUUUGAUGGCAUUUAUUUGUCAAGAAACUUUUUUAUUUACAUCAAGAAAAAAUAUACAAGUUGGUAUAGGUUUAAAACUUAAUGUUUAUAUAUGGAUUUUAACAUUAUUCAUUAUAGAGCAACAUGCCAAUUAAUCUGUUCCCUUUUGAUGCAAAUGGACUAUUUUUAAAAUGUGGCUCUAAUUGUUCAUUAGUCCAAUUAAAAACCCAAAUAAAAAAACCCAGGAAGAAGUUAGCAAGGAUAAUUUGUGUGUAUUUAGGACUAAGUAACAUUGUUGUCUGUACUUCAUAUGUGCUUCGACUUCAUUGUUUCAAGAAUGAAUGUAAAUUAUUGUCUUUAGAAAAAUUAAAGAUGAUUCAGUAUACUAUAACAAUUAUUAACUGUUAGGUCCAUUACCCAUCAAUACAAUUCCAUGUUCACAAUUCUGAAUGCAGACAUUUUUUUUUUUAAGUUUGUUUUGUUUAAUGACACCACUAGAGUACAUUGAUUUAUUAAUCAUUGGCUAUUGGAUGUCAAACAUUUGGUCAUUUUGACACUGUCAAAGAUCUACAUUUU